GGCUGCCCAGUUGAUCCACUCACUCUGUUGUCUGGGAAUAAAGAAGUGUCACAGAUCAUGGCUCCCUGGCCUGAGGUGGAAAAGCCUGAAACCAAUAACUACAUUGGGGACUCUUCCAAACAAAACCAGAACAUGGCUGGGAAAGAAGGAGAAAAUCACAAAGGCAAUGUGGCUUCACAUGGAAAUAAAGGGGAGAUUCAACCUGCAUUUUCCACAAUAGCCUUGAUAGAUGAGACAAGGCCAGAAGAAGAAGACCCAUGGGCUCUGCCAGAACUGCAGGACACUGGGGUCAAGUGGUCAGAACUGGACAGAAAAGGAAAAAUAAUUCGUGUGCUCUACGGGAUAGGGAAGUUUAUCAUGCUGCUGGGAUUGCUCUACAUGUUUGUGUGUUCUCUGGAUGUGCUGAGCUCUGCUUUUCAGCUGGUGGGAGGUAAAGCAGCAGGGGACAUUUUUAAAGAUGAUUCAGUGCUGUCUAACCCUGUUGCAGGACUGGUGAUUGGAGUCCUGGUGACUGUUAUGGUCCAGAGCUCCAGCACUUCCUCAUCCAUUAUAGUCAGCAUGGUGUCCUCCACGUUGCUGACUGUGAAAGCAGCCAUUCCUAUCAUAAUGGGGGCAAACAUUGGCACCUCAGUUACAAACACUAUUGUGGCACUCAUGCAAGCUGGGGACAGAAAUGAAUUUAGAAGGGCCUUUGCUGGUGCAACAAUCCAUGACUUCUUUAACUGGCUCGCGGUGUUUGCACUGCUGCCUGUCGAGGUUAUCACUGGCUACCUCUACCAUCUCACCAAUGCUAUUGUUGAGUCCUUUCAUCUUGAAAGUGGGGAUGAUGCCCCUGAGCUACUAAAAGUCAUCACAGAUCCCUUUACAAAGCUCAUCAUUGAGCUUGAUAAAUCAGUAAUAAAUGCAAUUGCUACAAAUGAUGAAUCAGCAAAAAACAAAAGCCUGGUAAAGGUCUGGUGUGAAACAAACACUUCUGUGACACUGCAGAAUGUCACAAUUCCACCCUCAGAAAACUGCACAUCUUCUGACCUUUGCUGGACUGAAGGAAACCAGACGUGGAUCAUGAAGAAUGAGACCGAAACAAUCCUUAUCAAUAAAUGCAAGCAUCUCUUUGUAGACGCAGACCUGCCCGAUCUUGCCAUCGGCCUCAUCCUUCUUGCUUUGUCCCUGCUUGUUCUCUGCUCCUGUUUGGUGAUGAUCGUUAAGCUGUUAAACUCUGUGCUUAAAGGACAAGUGGCCAGCAUUAUCAAGAAGACAAUCAACACUGAUUUCCCAUUUCCCUUUACCUGGCUAGCUGGAUACCUGGCUAUGCUUGCAGGGGCUGGUAUGACCUUCGUUGUUCAGAGCAGUUCUGUUUUCACAUCUGCUAUUACUCCCCUCGUUGGCAUUGGCGUUAUAAGCAUCGAGCGCUCUUACCCCCUCACCUUAGGAGCCAACAUUGGCACAACCACAACAGCUAUACUUGCAGCUUUAGCAAGUCCAGGGAGCACAUUAAAAUACUCAUUACAGAUUGCUUUGUGCCACUUUUUCUUCAACAUCUCUGGGAUUAUUCUGUUUUACCCCAUCCCUAUUACCCGGCUGCCAAUCCGCAUGAGCAAGACCUUGGGAAACACAACAGCCCAGUACAGAUGGUUUGCUAUAUUUUAUCUCCUGAUCUGCUUCUUUCUUUUGCCUCUGUUUGUGUUUGGUCUGUCCCUGGCAGGCUGGCCAGUUCUUCUGGGUGUUUGCCUCCCCCUGUUUGCUCUUUUUAUUGCUGUGGUUGUAAUUAAUAUUCUGCAGAAAAGGCGACCGCAUUCUCUGCCUGAGAAGCUGCAAAACUGGGAUUUCCUCCCCGUCUGGUUGCACUCCCUAGAGCCCUGGGACAAUAUAAUCAUGGCUUCCCUCUCCUUUUGUGGGAAACACUGCUGCGGCUUCUGCAAGUGCUGCAAGGUCAAUGCAGAACAGGAGGGUGCCAAAGACACUAAAACUAUGGAGGUUUAUGAAAACACCAUGGCGAUGGGGGACGAAGAAAGAGGGGGAAGAAGACCACCAGCUGGAACUGGUGUUGAGAAAGCAGGCACAAACAACACAGCCUUAUAG